AUGGGCGGCGCGAAAUCCGCCACGGUGACGAUUUCGCCGGGCGUUGAGAUGCCGACGGUGGCGUUUGGGACGUUUAAGCUUCGCGGCGACGCGUGCCGCGACGCCGUGCGGGAGGCGCUGAUGGUGGGCUUUCGCGCCGUCGACACGGCGAGUUGUUACCGCAACGAAGACGCCGUCGCGGACGCGUUGAAGAGCGCGCCGAGAAACGUUUGUGACGAAACGUGGAUUACGACGAAAUUAGCGCCGGAUGAGAUGACGAGCGAAGAGGCGACAAAUCGCGCGAUCGAUGGGAUGGUGGCGCGGUUGGGACGGGCGCCGGAUUUGUUGCUCGUCCACUGGCCUGGACGAUCGAAGGCGGCGCCCGAGAGCGACGCGCACGGUGAAGCGCGCAAAAGGACGUGGCGAUGCAUGGAAAACGCGUUAAGAAAUCACAAGUGCCGCGCGAUCGGGACUUCAAACUACGAGAUCGCGCACAUGCGCGAAUUGCUGUCGUAUUGCGACGUUCCGCCGGCGGUGAAUCAAAUCGAGAUCCAUCCGGCGUACCCGAACACCGAAGUCCGCGCGUACUGCGCGUCUCUCGUGCCUCGCGUGCACACGGUUGGAUACUCACCGCUCGGUGUCGGUGAGUUGCUCGAUCAUCCAAGCGUGCGGGCGUUUGCCGACGCCAUCGGUCUCGCCCCGGCGCCUGCGCUGAUUCGAUGGACGCUCUCAAACGAUUGCUCCGUCGUCGUCAAAUCCAGCUCGCGCGCGCACACCGAGGAAAACCUCACCGCCCUCUCCUCCACGCACACCGACGACGAUACCAUCGCACAUCACGCCGCCAUCCUCGAGCGCGCGUUCUCGAGUCAUCACAAAAAGUUUUGUUGGGAUCCGCGCGUCGUGCGCUGA